AUGGGCCCAUCCCGUCCUCCACAGAUAGGGCAACGCUGUGCGGCCCACGGCGCCCAGCAGACGACGACUGUGACCGCGGAUGCUUCGAAGGGCCCUCCUCCGAACUCUGAUUGUCCACCGAAAACCGCGCGCCCGAUCCCUCUUCUUCCCCUUAUAUUGGGAUCCGCCCAACAACCUCACGUUCUCCCCCGCACGUGGGCCGUCCUCCAUGCUCCUCGCCCACAGCGCUUUGUUGAAAACCUCGGCGAAAGUCGGAGCGGAACAGUUGCACCGCCCUAUAAAUCCACCGGGCCCGAGGUCCUCCGCCAAGAAACCACUCCCCCCGGCUCAGCCGUCAGCGCACGUUCCCCGCUCCCACCUUCGUCGGGCCCGUCGUAUCAAGGCGUCGCCGACGCCGAAGCCCGUCGAGGCGCACUUGUCGCGGGGGGACACUGCCCCAUGCGGAACCGCCGGCUUGCCCUUACCCCUCCGGCCGCUACCGGCGUGCGUGCCGAAGUGCGGCCGAUCGCGUCUCCUGCGCCGUCAGGCGGCGCAGCCGCGGCCGCUUGCUACUCCACAACUCCCCUGGGAGCUGGCUCCGAAAACGAGCCUCCUGCACGUGUCCUCGCGAUCUCGGCUGCUCGGGAUCCGCAGAAGGCGGUACCCGGAAGGCGGACCUACGCAGCGUACGCCUUGGGGACAUUUGCUCCUGAAAAGGCAACAACUCGGUUAGUUAACCCUCAAUCCGAUAGCUCUCAGCCGCUUGCGAAACUAAACGACUCCACAACAAAAAUCGGGGAAGCUCGCAAGUGCUCCCAGUUCCUGGACUCUUAG